AAUGGUGUGAACGUCAAAAAUGUUAAAAUACUCUGGUCAAUAAGUGCAUGUUUAAUGUAAAACAGUCAUCUGAGAAGUUGUAACAUUUAUGACAUUUAGCUUAAAUUGUUUAUUAAAGUUUUUAUUUUUUGGAAUGUAAAGAGUGUCAUGUGUUAAAAUUGUUCUAAACAGCAGUUAUUACACGUCUACAUUAAAAUAUAUUUUUCAUAGUCCAGACAAUGUUUCAAACGAGCGGUAGAGGGUAGUAUAGCCAUUAUGUGUGUUCGACUUCUUGAGGGUCUGCGCAGACCAAUCCAUGUAUGACAUCAGACUAUCGCGGCAGCUGUGCUUUCGAUUAGUUCUCGCGAUACUUAAAGUCAUACUUCGAUCGGUCUGCGCAACGCCUUCAUGAAGUGAACACACCUUAUCCACGUUAUGACGCCACCCCUUUACUGCAGACGGAAUCGUGCUGGAGUUCUCGGGUGUAAACAAAUCUAUAAUCCAGUUUAACGUUCCCCUUAUAUUUAUAUGAACGGACACAUAGGUCGCCUCUGGGGCGUCGACGCAGAACAUCGCAGAAAAUCGAUUCGUUUAACGUGUAUCGAUGCCGUUCAACGCUUCGCCACCGUGGAUGUUAGGUGAAGCGUUAUCCUAACAUUUAUGAUAUUGACUUCAACGAUGGCGACACCUGCAGAACAGGACCUUGUGUUGUCAGAAGCGGAGAGCGGUAAAGAGCGAGCGCAAGGGUUUGGUAUCCUCAGACUGCAGGAGGAUAAAUCAGCCGCCGAGAAAGCCAGCGGUGCUACUGCUGCCAUGAGAUCCGGAGACGGGAGAUGGCAGGCGCCCAUAUUUGCCUUAGCCAGAAAAGCAUCAGAAACCUUUUCAGGCGGCAUUCACGUUCUCCCCAAAGUGACAGAGCUCAAAACAUCGCCUUUUGCCGAGGAAUGGGGUGGCAAGGCCUUCCGAGAUCCUAUGGCAAUGGAACGAGCAAACUUGCUAAAUAUGGCUAAGCUCAGCAUCAAAGGUCUAAUUGAAUCAGCUCUCAGCUUCGGACGAACCCUGGACUCGGAUUAUCCACCUCUGCAACAGUUUUUUGUUGUUAUGGAGCACUGCCUGAAGCAUGGGCUUAAAGUGAAGAAAACGUUUCUUGGAUACAACAAGUCACUGUGGGGGCCUCUGGAGAUGGUAGAGAAGCUGUGCCCAGAAGCAAGUGAAAUCGCAGCCAGUGUACGAGACCUACCCGGGCUUAAGACACCUCUAGGAAGAGCCAGAGCAUGGCUGAGACUCGCACUGAUGCAGAAAAAACUGGCAGAUUACCUACGUCUCCUUAUCACCCGGAAAGACAUACUUAGUGAGUUCUACGAGAAUUCGGCAGUGAUGCUGGAAGAGGAAGGGGCCGUCAUCGUUGGUCUCCUGGUGGGGCUUAACGUUAUAGAUGCCAAUUUAUGUGUGAAGGGCGAGGACCUCGAUACACAAGUUGGCGUUAUAGAUUUUUCUAUGUACUUGAAGAAUGACAUUGAUGACUACAGAAGUGAAGAAAGAAAUGGCCAAAUUGCUGCUAUUUUGGAUCAGAAGAACUAUGUUGAAGAAUUAAAUAGACAGCUAAAUUCUACAGUUCACGGCUUACAGGGACGUGUGGAGUCCUUAGAAAAAUCCAACUCUAAACUAAUUGAAGAGUUAGCUAUAGCAAAAAACAACAUCAUUAAACUACAAGAAGAGAAUCAUCAGCUCAGAACCGAAAAUUCUGUGAUUCAUAUGAAAGCACAACAGCGUCUUGAGGUUACAGAGGGAGAUUUAAGUUGUGAACUGGACACGUACAAACAAUCAAGGCAGGGCCUGGAUGAAAUGUACAAUGAAGCAAGACGGCAACUUAAAGAGGAAUGUCAACUUAGGCAGGAUGUGGAGAACGAGUUGGUUGUGCAGGUGAGCAUGAAGCAGGAGAUGGAGAUGGCCAUGAAACUGUUAGAAAAGGACAUUCAUGAAAAACAAGACACUUUGAUUGGACUUCGGCACCAGUUGGACGAAGUCAAAGCCAUCAAUGUUGAGAUGUACCAAAAAAUGCAGUCUUCAGAUGAUGGCAUGAGGCAAAAAAAUGACAUGAUAGCCAGACUGGAAGAGAAGACGAAUCAAAUAACAGCAACUAUGAAACAGCUGGAGCAAAGAUUACAGGAUGCUGAGAGGGAACGGGCCAGCGCAGAAGAUGGAGUGCGCAAAUUCAAGCAGGACUUUACUAACAAAUGUGACAGUCUCCAAAAGCAGAUUGCCCAGAGAGAGAAGCAAAUGAUGCAGCUGGAAACGGAUUUGAAAAUCGAGAGGGAAUGGCGACAGACCUUACAAAGUGAAUUAGAGAAAGAGCGAGAGAGCAUCGCUCAGCUCACCGCUGAGGCUCAACAGAUCAAUGGGCUGAAAAAAGAGUUCCACAGGAUACAGGAUGAGAACUCACAACUAAAGGGAAUCUGUGAGGAGCAGGAACAGGCACUGGAGGAGCUGGGCUGCAAACUCAGCGAGUCUAAAAUGAAAAUUGAAGACAUAAAGGAAGCAAAUAAGGCACUACAGGGUGGUCAGGUUUGGUUGAAGGACAAAGAUGCUACACAAUGCAAGCUUUGCGAGAAGGAAUUCUCAAUUUCCAGAAGAAAGCACCACUGCCGCAACUGUGGAGAGAUUUUCUGCAACGCUUGCUCUGACAAUGAGCUGCCACUCCCUGCUUCACCUAAACCCGUGCGUGUCUGUGACACGUGCCACGCUCUGCUGCUGCAGCGCUGUUCCUCCAAUGCCACAUAAAACCAGAAAUGACAGCGCACCCUCACAACAACCAAUAUCAGCUUUAUUUUGAACACUGCGCUGGCCUGCAUUGUGUUAAGCUGUAACAAAGUGACCAAAAUGAAUGCAUCUGUCAUUUCAAGUUUGAAGUUUACAUUUCACACAGAAACAAGCCUGUUGCCUCAGAGCAGAUUUAACGGCAGCUUUGUGACAUAUGUGAAGUUGGCCAAUGUAGUGUUUAUCACCGAGUGCCCAAAGAAAUGAGUUAUGACUCUGAAUGUUUUCCUCUGGGCUGAAAGUAGAAGUUUUGAUUUUUUUAUCUCAGCACAACGUCCCCAUGCAUGUUGUAAGUAUACUUUUGAUAUAUGAAGGAUGAACAGGAUUCAUGCCUCAAACUAUGUGUCAAAAGUACACAAAUAUAAAACUGUACAAAUAAUUUCCAAGUUACUAUACUGUAUUCUUAUGAAAUUGUUUCUUACAUUCAUUUGUGCCUGUAUUAAAAGCCAAACUGACACACAGGGAUUUUACAAAGUUGUUCCCCUAAUUAUAGAUGGGCAAAAUCUAUAUUAUGUAUAUAUUAAAAGUAAAUAUGUUUUCAGUGCUGCUUGGGUAUUAUUAUGGUUGAAAUCAUGUCAGAUAGCACAGAUUCUUGAACAGCGUUUCUACUCUGCAUUAAAGGUAGCAGAUUUACCUUGGAGCAGAACUGAAAAGCUACUUGUGUUUUUUGUUUGUGCUAAAAUGUUUUUGAUAACUAUUCAAAAGCCAACUAACCUAAAGUACCUAAAAGUUUCAAAUGUGAAGUUUUAUGUACAUAUGACUAAACCUGAACCACUAAAGCUGAUCAUAACUCCA